AUGACGGUGUUCAUAUUGAUCUGUAUAUUCACCGCUCAUGUUAGUUGUUGUUGCAUUCUGGCUUUGCGGAACAAGGAAGCAAAAAAUAAGCGUAACGCCGCCCGUAGGGAUGGAAACAUGGUUGUUCUCUCCGGCGCCGGCGCUGCUGUUGCCGGAGCGGCCGCUGCGUCGGAGUCUAAGGCCGCCGAGGAGAAACGCAGGGAGGUUGAAGUUCAAAUUGAUGUUGGCGCCGUUGCUGAAGCUACCGACAUGGUGGGGUGUUGUUGUUGUGGUGGUGGUGGUGGUGGCAGUGAUGUUAUUUCUCAGUUUAUUUGCAUUGUGAUCGCUGUGUCGCGGAAAAAGAAAGCGGAAAAUGAGAGAAACAACGGCGGUAGAGAUGGGAACAUGGUUGUUCUGGCCGGGGCUGCGGUGGCCGGUGGAGCGGCCGCCGCUACUGUAACGGCAGUUGCUGAGUCGUCGGAGUCUAAUGCCGCCGCCGACGAGGAGAAACGCAAGGAGGAUCGCGUAGAAAUUGAUGUCGGUCCCGUUGCCGAAGCCACAAGAGGGAGCAAGAAGAAGAAGAAAGAUUAUUACGAGGUUUCCAGUGGCGUACGGCCUGCAGGAAUUGGAAGAGCUAGAGUUUCUAUUGGUCAGACCUAUUAUGGCGGUGGGGGUAUGCAUGCCGCCGCCCACACCGGCGGCUCAGGUGGCUGCGGUGGUGGAAGUGGGGUCGGGGUUGCUGCUGCAACUACCUUUGCUGCAACUGCUGCGUUGGCCGACAUAGGUUUCAGUGGAAGUGGUGAUGGAGGUUUUGGUGGCGGAGGAGGAGAUGGGGGUGGUGGUGGCGGAGGAGGAGAUGGCGGUGGUGGCGGCGGAGGAGGAGAUGGUGGUGGUGGUGGAGGUUGUUGA